AUGGAUCAUGUCGGCCAACAACAUGAUUUCCUCCACAAAAAGUUAACUGAGACUAAUGUUAUACAUCCACUCCACUCACGCAUUAAUGAGUGGGAGAAUGCAUCAAUUAAGAAAAUUCAAGAAGUGGCAAAAAAAGCUAGAACUGAUUUAGAAAAAUAUUUAAAUGAAACGAAAACUGAAUGCAGAGAAUCGCUCGGCAAAAUAAAGAAUGAAUUAGCAUCGAGUCGUCAAUCGAAUGAUUAUACCGAAAUAGAAUUGAAAGAAUGGACUGACGAAAUAAACAAACUUCGCCAACUGCUUGAGAAACCAUCGACCAUUGAUAUUGUUGAAGAUGGUCAAUCCCAGCCACUCAUUCGUGUUGUUCAACAGAAAGAUUCGGUAUCAACAAAGGUGGCUGACGAAUGGAAAAGUCCUUCAAAAAAACAAGAAUUUGCCGAGCCCGGUACUUACAAGCCACUGGAUCAGAAUUAUUCAUUUCUCAUGUGA